AUGUCCUCAGAGGAUACCGCUAUGCCCGAAGCUCGCAAGAGCGGAGAGCCCUGGUCGGAGAUGAGAGAUGAUAAAGUUAACCCACCUAACCAUCCCGGUGCGGCUGACACUACUCAAAACAAUGGGAUCGGGAAUGCUGACUCAGGCGCAGAUCAGAAGGUCCAGUCUGGACUAAGCAUCCUCGAAAGAUACAAGCGCGAGAAAGCGGAAGAGCUUGUCGCCGCUGAAGCCAAAGCCGCGGCCAACCUCGCCGCUAUUCAGCAGAGGGCGGACAAGGCCAAAGCGGAGGAGGAAAGGAAGAGGAAGGAGUGGGGUUGCCCGUUCUGCAUUUCAAUGGUGCUUACCGGGGGACCUCCUGCUCUCCAAUUUCAACCGUCCGAGUUACACCCGGAAGGAACCACCUGCCAUUUCGAGCCCCACUUCCAUGCGAAUGGAGGGACCGUUUUGCGCAACCCCAAGGACUUCCGGAAGAACCGCUACUUCCGGAAUGACAAGGAGCUGAUGGUCUUGAGCCCUUUUUGGAACAAGAACGGAUGCCGCCGGGGAAUCGUCGAGGUGGAAUGGCUCAGGCACGAGCUGAUGGACAUCGUCCGGAAAGUCGACCUGGCCAACGUCAACCAGUGGGCCGAGUCCACGGAGAUCAACGAGCAUGGUCUGGACUGUCAGGCGAUCAUGGCGGUGGAUCACCAGGCGCUGGCGUUGGAGGAGCACGAGACGAUGGAUGGAGUGCUAGGCCUCUAUGGGUACAAGGUGGUUUACGACCCUGUCGCCGCGCCGAAGGAGGAGGUCAAGAAGGUGCCCAUUGUUCAAGAGAGCAUGGAGAACAAACUGAAGAGGUCGAGGGAGUCACUGCCCAUUCCUGACAUCAGAGGCGGGUACAAGGGGAGGAACUGGAAACCCCCUCACGAGCGGUUCCAGAAGAAGAGCAAAGACCCAGCCUAA